AUCAGCGUCUUAGGUUUCUGUAACAUGCGCAGAAGAGGCCUGGUGCCGAAUUGAUUGCCGGGAGGUGGAUUCGAGGUUUUUUUUAAAACAAGAAUCCCGCCUCAAUUUGUAUGCAGUAUUUUCGGUUGUUUAGGAGGCGGCGAGAAGCGUGUGGUUGAUUUUGAUGGCGGAGGCUCAGCGACGGGAGAUGAACACUUCUGACGCCAAGAGAGUGAGUCCUGCUGGAAGAAAAGCUACAGACCAUGGAGUGAAUUUCACUAACACUGCAUGUCUUUCAAGAGGGGUAGUGUCUGUCAGGAGAGGCAACGUAUUUAGUCAGACUCCAGCUAAAAGAGUAAUACUGCAAAUUCCUCACGUGCAGGAAAAGGCUGAUCUUCAGCUUAACUUGCUUCUUGGUAAGCAGUGGACCCUAUACGCCGUCACUCCUCUGUACAAAUUCUCUUAUGGACAGAUGCAGUCAUAUUCUAAACAGCUGAGUCUUUUCAUUGCUGCUGAAAAGCAAAAAGGGCUUGCUGUGGAAGCUGAAUCUGAUCUUACAUAUAUUGUGAAGUUCUCCUCAGUCCCAGCUUUGAAAACAGCAGAACAUGAACAGGAAUCAGUCCUCAUCCAGAUCGCAGAAAGAUCACAAGUUGCAGAUGACAACAAAGGAGGCAAAAUGGUAUGGAUGGGCUUAUUCUGCUGUACAUGUGCAAAUGACAUUGUGGAGAAUGUAAUGGAAGAAUUCACUUGCUUGCCUUUGUUUCUUGUACAUGGAACAAAGCGUCUCUCAGACCACGUUGAAGCCUGGCUUCAGCAGACCUUUGACUGUUGUUGCAGUCCUUUGCAUAUCAACCCUAUCAGUCUUGCCUGGAUGGUUGCAAUGUGGUCAGGAUACAAUAUGGACAGAUAUACAGUUGCAACAGAGCUGACGUUUUCUGUGCCUUGCACUGCUUAUCCUUUGGAUAUCUCUUAUGCUAUUCAUCCUGAAGAUGCAAAAGCCCUUUGGGAUUCAAUCCAGAGCAUUCAAGAGGAAGUACGGCAAGAGGAAGUAGAAUUAUUCAUGGAGUGCCUUUACAACCACUUUCACAGACACUUCAAAAUUCACCUUUCAGCCUCAAGAUUGGUGAAAAUUUCCACAUCUGUAGCUUCUGCUCAUUCUUCUGGGAAGAUUAAGAUUCUCCAUUCCCAGUAUCUCAUAAGAGUCCUAUCACUGCUGACAGAACUGGCAAUUUCAAAGAUACUGUGAUGGUAAAAUAACUCACAUGUGGAAAAUAUAUCUGGCACAAGAGGACUAUAAAGGUGCCUUUUACAUUUUUAAUUAUUUUCUCUAGCUCUUGACCUGCAUUCUGCUUAGAAGUACCAUUUUAACAGUGCAAGGAGCCAACUGUUUCUCUACCUUUGUGUUGAAAUUCUUAAUUUUGGGAGGAAAAAUCUGUCUGAGUAUAUAAGAGAUUUCAUUAAAGAGAGUAUUACACAAAGUAAGAUGCAAUUCCUUGAUUCUGGCACCAUGUAAACAUUGCACAGAAGACAGGAAUUGGCACAGUAACCAGUCAACUUACUCUAUAAGCUAUUCUGUGUAUUCUGGAAAGGCUGUACUACUACAACUUUUAGACAAAAGCAGCAAAGAUGGUAAGAUGGCAAUUGAUAUUUAUAUUAAACAGACAUAAAUUGUACAUUUGUGAAGCAUUAUAUGAAUAGGAGUUGUAAUAUAAUGUAAUCCUGUCAGUCAUGCAUUCCUGUAAAAUAAUCUAUCCUAUUUGUCCAUUCGGGGGUUUGCCUGAAGUUAGCUUUCUGUUCCCAGUGAGUAUUCACUGGAUCUUUGAGAGUUUCCUCUGUUAGAUUUGUGUGUGGGGGAAGACUAUGUCAAUUUUGCUAAUGCUGGGGGCUUCCCCAAGUCUAUUGCUGCCAUCAUACCUGAAACAUGAAGAGAAAGUGGUUUUAGGUUCCUAAAGAAAAUACACCAUCCAGUACAGUGGUGCCUCACAUAGC